UUGAAUCAAAUAAACCGUUUUUUUAGUAAACAAAAAAAGUGGAAAAGAAUGGAAAAUAGUAAAAAUAUUGUCCGAUUUUUUUUUCUAUCCCUAGAGAUAACACAGCAACACGAAAAUGCGCAUCUUUAUUAUCAGUACAACGUCCCGGGUGCUGAUCUUCCUUUUCUUUCUUCAACCCCUUUCGGGGUUGUGUGUGCGCGCCCAGUGCCGUAGUUUCUGGUGGUCACUCUCUCGACACUUCGCAAACCCCCGUUGAAUAAUGAAAUACUUUUGAACCCCCUUUUUUUCUAAUAAUACGCAAUAUUUUUUUUUUUUUUAUUCUCUAGAGCAACGACUUGAUUUAGAUUAGUUGCGAAUGGGAAAGAAAGGGGUGGGGCAAAGAGUGAAGGGGGGUGAUAACAGGGCUGUAAAAAGACGCGGGCUCCUGGGAGUUGAUAACACGCGCGGUAGGCAUUGGCCGCACGGGUUGGGUUGGAUGCGCGAAAGCACGAGAGAAAGACGCGGUUGGUACCAUAUAUACCAGACGACGGGUGCCGGUUGAGCCUCCGGGGGUGGGGGACUUCCGGGGGUGAAAGUCGCAAGGCAGUCGUGCCCUCGCCGCGCUACGGGGUGGCCAAUGUAUUGAGUUCGCUUUAUAAUCGCCCGGCGAGAAUUUUUAUUUUUAAAUUCACGCCCGUUUUUCGAGAGCCGGUUAAAAGCUUUUAAAGUUCGCCCCCACCACGUCUUUGAUAUGUUUUUUUUGGUGAAAAAUAAAAAAAAAUCUUUGAGGUACUACUAAUAAUUUAGAGUAGUAGUAAUAAAAAAUAAUGGGUAUGUUAAUACUUAUUCUAUUGGAUAACUAUCGUACUGAGAUAAUUAGACAUUAUAUUAUUAAUAACAAAAAUGGAUGUAAACAAAAAAUAAAAAUGUGAACGUCGCGGACUUGUGUGGCUAUUUUUUUUUUGGUGACGAGUGUUUGUGCUCUUCAAGAUUCCUGCAAAUAUUCGACAGUCAUGUUUACGUGCCUCUGGAAUUUUUUCGAUUGGCUCGACCAGCCGGUGACCAGUUCUUCAACCGGCAUGGACGGCAAAAAAUUGCAGAAUGUCCAGGCGUCCUCGUCGCCUGCAUCGGGCCAGGUGCGAAUUAAGGGCGGAGGAGGAGGAGGAGGCGAUGGGACUUCGGCGAUAUCGGGGGUGCGGAGGAAAAGUGGUCCACAGGGUCUUAGAUCACCUGCGGCAAAAAGGCCACUUUCUGCCCCCGUCGCUCUUCAGGGAUGGCUCUACAAACAGGGAUCCGAGGGCCUCAUGCUCUGGAAGAAACGAUGGUUCGUCCUCUCCGAAUAUUGCCUCUUUUAUUACAAAGGUCCCGAGGAGGAAAAACUACUUGGCUCGAUUCUACUGCCAUCGUACAGGGUGACAGUCUGCAGGCCGGAGGAUAAAGUUAACAAGAAGUUCGCUUUCAAGGCCGAGCACGCGAACAUGAGAACCUACCAUUUCGCGGCGGAGACACGAGAGAGCAUGAACCAAUGGGUGAACGCAUUAACACUUGCCUCACUUCUUCAGGAUCCCAAUCCACGAGGAGACGAAGCGUCCUCUCCUCUGGACAUGGCAGGACCAGCGGACGGCGACCGCAGUGCCAGACCGAGUGUCUCCUCAAUCUCCUCAAUUCUCAACCAAAGUGCCGACGACAGCGACUCCGGCUUCCAUGGCUUCCAAUCUCGAGACGAUCCCAGCCACACUUCCAACAAUAAUUCCAGUCCGAACAGCGUCAACACUGCCUCAUUUCCCAAUUUGAAUAACAAUGGAAAUACAAACGGGAGCAAUAAUGGUCCAAACGAAAUUCCCGCGCAGAUGAACGGUUGGAUGCAACAAUCGCCGCAAUACGGACAACCCGGACCCUCUCAGCAGUACAAUCAGUUUCAGAUCGCACAGCCUCAUCAGCCUCAUCAGCAUCAGACUCACCAAACGCAUCAAUCCCAUCAAUCUCACCAAUCCGUUCAGUCCCACUCUCAAGUUCUCCAAUCGCACUCCCAAGUCCUCCAGUCACAAACGCUCCAAUCGCAAACACUUCAAACCCAUCAAGUUCUUCAGUCACAUUCUCAAGUUCUCCAGUCGCAAACGCUUCAAACUCACUCUCAGGUCCAAAUCCUCCAACCACACAAUCAAGUUCUUCAGAAUAGUCUUCAGAGUGGUCUCCAGACGGGUCUUCAGAAUAAUCUCCAGAAUAGUCUUCAGACUGGUCUCCAGAAUAGUCUUCAGACUGGUCUCCAGAGUGGACUUCAGAAUAGUCUUCAGACGGGUCUUCAGAAUAGUCUCCAGACGGGUCUUCAGAAUAGUCUUCAGAAUAGUCUUCAGACUGGUCUCCAAACUGGUCUUCAGACUGCACCAAACAGCAACGUCGUUCAAGUGCAACCAAUGCCGAGAAAUUAUUGCCAGCCAGUGUACGCGAACACGAAACCAAAACGCUACACAGAAGGUACUUCGUCGCCAGAUCCAGAUUACAGAAAAUCGCCAGUCUCGCCGGAUAUUAGAAUGACGAGCAAGAGUCCAAUGAAUGAAUAUGAGAGAAAUAUUUAUGGGACUAGGGGUUCUGCUUCUCAGCAGCAGCAACAACAGCAACAACAACCGCAGCAACAACAACAGCAACCACAGGCGACUCUGAGGACAGAUAAAUCGGGCUUGAAUUAUGGUCUGAAUUAUAAUCAAGAGAGGAGAACGCCGGAUACUUAUGGGAGGAGUGCGAAACCGAGAAAUAACGGUGGAAGGGGGAAUGGAGACUAUGAGGAUGUUUAUGGAGCUCCUCAGCUUUAUCAGCGGCCUGCCGGUCCCGUGGGGUAUACCAAAGCACCUGCACCAGCGCCUAUUCCGAUUCCGGUUUAUGCGCAGCAGGUCCAACACCAGCAAGUUUACAAUGUCUCGCCUCAAGUUGCUCCAGUAAUGAGACAAGCCAGAGUUCAUCCACCGCCACGACCCCACAGUGCGGAUUUCCUCGAAUACGAAGCAAAUCGAAGACCAGAUCAGCAAACUCUCAUUCAGUCAGAUAGUCUCCAAAAUCAAUCCAGGCGACCGCAGAGGCCGAAGUCUAGUUUAGAUAUUGUUAAUCCCUCCGAUACUCCUGCCAAUGACAACUACUUUUACUCCGAGGAGAGAUACGCAGCUCAAAUGCGACAAAGUGCAGUCUACAUUCACCAAACGCCUCAACACCAUCAGCAACAAAGGAAUCAGUCACUUUCGAGAGCAACAACGCCAUCCAUGACAUCGAAUAGAGACAGAGACGUUGAAUCUGGCAUUGGAACGCUGUCGGAAAAUUCCUGCUCUGGAAUUCGACGAGGAUCGAGAGGAGAUCACAUGCAACAUAUCAUUAGUUCACAACCCCUGCAGAGGCACAAUGACCUGGCGAGUAACGAAGCACUUCUGCGGAGGUCCUUGCGAGAGAGGAGUUACGAGCCGGCGGCUGUGGCGGCGGCAGCGACGAGUCGAGAGAUGCUGAUUCACAAUGAAAGCGGAACCGUACCUAGAAGAAUGCCACGUGACUACGAUUCAUCGACUGGAGUUUCUCGCACUACAGGAAUGACGAGUCACGUGAGCAACCAUAGUUCUUAUGGGAGUCCGGCCUGUCACACGGGGCCUAGGCGCUGGAACGAGCAGCAGUUCGCCAGGUCGGCGUCGGCACGAUUGCCACGCACCAGGCAUCCCGCUGCUGUUGAUCACGAGGACGACGACGACGAGUACAACGAUCGAUCGUCCAAUCACGACUCGAGGGAUGGAGAGCGAAAAAUUCAACAGCGAGAGGAAUCGAUGAAGCGACUAUUAGAGUGGAAGCAGCGAAUGCUGCAGUCGCCGCUGACUCGAAAGCCCUCUGGAUCAACAAACAGAGGGACGGCACAAAACGAAUUAUCAAACUACUACAAACAACAAGCUCUUCUUGAUUUGGCUGCUCAUGAAGCCUCCGUCGCUGAGGCACGUCACUCGAGGCGAAGGGACGAAAGCCAUCGUCCUCACGUCAGGAGUAAAAGUUCCGACGGCAGAAGAUCUGUGACCAACGUUUCGCGCUACAACAGCUACUCCAGCGAUGACGAAGAGCUGGGCGAUGUCCGGAGGAAGCGCACGCGUAGACCCUCGCAUACAGGGAGGAGCCCCCGGAAUUUUGGAGAGGAUCGGUCACCCAUGACUCCCGUCGUCGUCAACAACACUCACAAGUCGAGCGUCGCUUCCACUCUCUGUGGAAUUCCGCCGGACGCCGGCUACGAGGAGGUCAACUACCUCGAAGGCAAAUCAACAUCAAGCACAAAAUCACCCACCACAAAAUCAACCAUUCUAACAAAGGAGAGGAAUUCCACGAAAAAGGAAAAUAUCACCGAUUCACUCGAGACACCAAAGAAGCCCUCAGGAAUUCUAAAAACACCGAGUGCUUAUUCAAACCAGGUCACAAGGAACGAAGAAGGAAAGUUGAGUACUUUGGCUGGGUAUAUACCAGGUGAAACUUGGCAAACGAAGAAUGUUCAAUGGAAGACGAAAGACAAUGACGAGGAGGAAUAUUGGGAGAAGAAUAGUGAAACAUCGAGAAACGUUGAGAGUCCUCAAAGAUACUCGAAGACGGAGGAGGAAAAUAACGAUACAGUGAAUUUGGUUCAGAGUAGAAUCAAGUCCUUCGAGUCGGGUCCGAGUCCAGUUCGUGAGACGCUGACAAUGCAAGAGCCCUUGAAAAUCUCACCGCCACAAGCGACGACCGAGGCUCACGUUUCUAAAUUAGACUCCAAUAGAAAACCACAAGUCGCUCCUCAUUCAGAUACAAGAACCGAAGUCGAAGAUGGUGCAGACGAGGCGAACAAGAAAAAUAGGAACAAGUCCGUCAAGGAUCUGCUCGCCGAUUUUGAAAAGAAGUCGCAGCAAGUCAGGCAGCAGGAGGACGACGACAAGCGAAAGGAAAUCAAACAUCGCGGGGUUUUUAGCGACACCGAAACUCUUCUCUAUGACACCGGCAGUGAUUUGGACCAACCGGACAAAAGCGGCGAAGAGGACGCUCACGAUCGCGAGUUCCGCAAGUUUCAAGAAUACCAGAAGCAACAGGAAUUGGUCAAGAGUCAUGAUUAUCGACAUCAGGACGAUAGGCCCGACUUCCUCAAGGGUAGCCAGUACCAAAAGAGUCAAAAGUUCCCCGACAAUCCGAAAAAUGAGUAUUACAAGAGCCAGGAGUGUACGGCGGGGCAGGUUUAUCCAAAAAGUUACGAAUACGCCAGAAAGCGGGAGUUGGGGACUCAGGAGAUGCGGAAUCAGGAGCUAAGAACGCUGGAGUUAAGAAAUCAGGAGUUAAGAACUCUGGAGCUAAGGAAUCAGGAAUUAAGAACUCUGGAGUUACGGAAUCAGGAGCUAAGAACUCUGGAGUUACGGAAUCAGGACUUAACUCAGGAUUUAAGGAAUCAGGAAUUUCAAAGAACUCUCGAGUAUCAGAGCCAGAAGCACGAAAAGGAGGCGGAACCAGAGGCGUACUACCAGAGGCGGCAAGAGUACCAGAAGGACUUCAACGAAUACCAAACGGAAGAUUAUCAAAGGCAGACACAAAAUCAAAAAGACUACCGAAAGGAAGACUAUCAGAAGCAGGAGUAUCGAAAGGAAGACUAUCAGAAGCAGGACUAUCAAAAAGAAGACUACCAGAAGCAGGACUAUCGAAAAGAAGGCUACAAACCCGAACUGCUAGAAGAGGUUUAUCAAAAACAAGAAUACCAAAAAGAGGACUACUUGAAACUGAAAGAAUAUCAAAAGGACGUCUACCGAAAGGAAGACCACCGAAAAGAAGACUACCACAAGCAGGACUAUCGAAAAGAAGACUACGAAACCGAAUUUCUAAAAGAGGAUUAUCAAAAACAAGAAUACCAAAAAGAGGACUACUUAAAACUGAAAGAAUAUCAAAAGGACGUCUACCGAAAGGAAGACCAUCAAAAAGACGACUAUCUUAAGGAGGACUAUCAAAGGAACGACUACCGAAAGGAAGAAUAUCGAAAGAACGAUUACCGAAAGGAGGACUAUCAAAAGGACGACUACCGUAAGGAGGACUAUCGAAAGGAAGACUACCGAAAGGAGGACUAUCGAAAGGAAGAAUAUCAAAAGGAAGACUACCAAACCGAACGUCUAAAACCGGAUUAUCAAAAGCAAACACACCAAAAAGAGGACUACCUAAAACUGAAGGAAUAUCAAACCGAAGAUUACCAAAAGCUCGGGGACUACGAGAAAGAAGCGUCAAAAACCCAAGACUACACAGGAACCAUUAGAAGAAAACCCGAAGACAGAAAAAGAAGACGGAAGACCUCGAAGGGAACCGAAGAUCCCGAAGGUUCGCCACCAUGUUACACUCGCCUAAGCAUGACCGAAUCGCUAGUUACCCACGGCGAUCAAUUUUCCGGAGAAAGUGAAAACACUUCCCCGAUUCCAAAGGAGGACGCAUCACCAGAAAAUCACUAUCUUCCCAUGUCGCCUAGAAAAUCGAUCCUCGAUCCAAAUACAGACGACAACCAAAUGCCAUCAAAAAUGAUGGAGAGCCUAUUCGCCACUCUCGAUCACGAGGAGAGUUCCUACGUGGAAAUGACCCAAAAUGGACUCGCUCGUUCCCUACUCGCCCCGAAUUCGAAACAAGACUACGGCGAUUACUCGGCGCACUACGAAUUCGUCUGUGUCACGGACAGUAAAAUGGAACCCGUCUACAUGGAAGUGAACCAACUGGCGGAAAAAGAAGAAGAGAAAGGGAAAAAAGAGACCGAAAGGGCAGAACUUCCGGAUAUUUUGACAGCUUUAAAAUCGGAUAGUUCGGACGCUGAUGACGAAUCGUCGAAGGACUUGGAUUCUAUCGACGCGCCGCGACAUCCUAGAUUCAGUCUCUCAGAUACUUUCAGACCGGCUUCGUAUUAUUUAGGCGCUAGUAGAACUCUAAUUGCCGAACUCCACGAUUCCUCGGAUAGUGAAUUGGUGUCUCCGCCUCCGAUUCCAACGUCACCGCCACCUUUGGAGGAUUUAGAGUCCCUGGACACUCAGGACUCUUUGGAGUCGCUCAAAAAACUCUCCUGUGGUUCGCAAGUUUCUGCAAACAGAGAUUCGACAGGACAGGGAGAAUUAACGAUCAGUUCCAGUUUUCGGGAUAGUCGGAAUUCUCUCGAAAGUGCGGGAAGUGAUUCGGCCGAGUUGAGAAAUCCGGACGAAGCAAGACAUCGACAACUGAAAAGAAGACCUGUAAGUGACGAUGUUUGUGAAGUUUUGGACAGUUUGGAUGAACUGGAAUCCCUUGGGAGUCGGUUCGAUGGGGCUAGCAUCGACUUAGAUCAGUAUUUGGAGGAAUUGCAGGCUAGGGACGCUUUCAAUGUGGACCUCUAUGCGAAGGACUUGAGUUACAAUAGUAUUUAUGGUUUUAAUGAGAACAUGUUGGUUGCGGAUAAGCUCCAAAAGACGUCCUGUCAGGAUAAGAUGAACCUGGAUCAGCCUUUUACUUAUGGUACGAGGGGAAAAACAAGUUCGGCAAGCAGUCUACCUUCGAUGCGAGUCAGCGAUCUUCCGCCCUCUCAUCAGCACUCGCAGUCCUUCACCGGAGACGCUCACUAUGAAAACGUGACCAGUUUCUCGCCUCUUAGAGGUUCGCCAGCAGUUCGGUCCGAUCCGGCAAUUCUGGAGAGUCCGGAAAUCGUAUCCGGAAUUUCAAUUCACUCUAGAGAUUCUAGUUACUCGCGACCGCAGCAAAUAUCUCCGAUUGACACCAGACAGGAGAUUUCAACGCACCAUUCCCGAUCGGUGAGUCAAGAUUCGGCGCGGUACUCUUUGUCGCCAAAUCACCGAUCGUCGUCGAGUCAGGACUCGAAGACGUCGCCGCAGAUUUCGUAUUUGGCUUCUACGGAUCACGCGCCUUAUUACUAUUCGGAUCUUCAGACGGGAAGUGCAGCUGAGGCGCAACCGAGGUUGUUUCACACUUCGAGACUGCCGCAGCUGAACAAUCAACGAGGGGACACGGCGAUUAAUAAGAGGAACGACAUUGGACGGAUGGUGAAUCCGAUCGCACGCCAAAUGCCAAGGCAGAUCCAGGUGGACGAUAUUGAUGAGGCUAGGAGAAUCGCGGCUGAACUGAGAAAAACGUCUCAACUUCUAGCUGAGGACAAAGCGGGACUUGUCGAUAAGAGGAACUUUUACGAAGCUGAUACUCUCCGAAGGGUUAAGUCUACGGAUCCAUUGCCCGAUAUCGCGCUCCCGGAUGUUAAUGCGCGGAACUUGUAUCCUCAGGGUCUAAGGGAUAAAUCUGGAAGUCAGCAAUUGGAGGCGCAGGAAUUUCCUGUAGUGACAACUUCACAUAGACGGUCGAGAUCUUUGGAGGGACUCCUAGACGAUGUGGGACUACAGAAUUUGGUCGAGGAGCGAAACAGGGCUAAUAGGAUCCGAACCGAAAGUACAAAUGCGGAAAGUGUGCGAAAUACGAGCAGUUUGCCUAGAAACAGAAAUGCGGAACGAAGCAGCGAAAGUGAGCGCAGAAUCGAGAAUCAGAGGUUCGACGGUGAAGAUCCGUGGGAACAGGACUCGCUCUGGAGGGAGAGUCUAAGGAGAGUAAGUCUACGGCACGCGAGGUCCUUGGACAAUCUUGACACUCCGCCAAGACCAGCCAGAACUGAUUCGAAGUCCAGGGGGAAAAUCACCAGAGGAGCGACUUACGUGAACGACAGUGUGAUAUCUGACGAUCGAUCGAGAGUGAAACGAAGAUCCAAUGAAAGCCAAAGUGAAAGCCAAACGUCGAGUCAGAUUUUGGAAGAUUUCCCUCCGAAUUUGGAGAACGGGAAUUCGGAUCAGAAUGCGAAUGACGACGCUUAUGAGACGCUGGCUAUGGACAGAAUAGGAGCAGGUGGUUAUGUUUGGGACUCGAAGAAUGAGGCGUACAGGAAGCCGAGUACUCUUGAGAAGCAUUUUUUAGUGGAAGGCAACCUUCCCCCGAGUGGGUCGAGUCGCACGGCGACAUCGUUCGAACUCGACCGAGAAAAGCUCCGUCAGUGGGACCUGCUGUCGAGCGCUUGCUUACUCCAGGAACAGCAGCGCACUUCGAUGGCGGAUUCGGGGCGAGGGUUGCCUAUCAACGAUCGAGUAUCUACAGGCCGCGAAGGCCGAGAAUCGUCACCGAGGACGACGUCGACAAUAACGACAAUGAUGACCACCACGACGUCAACGACGAUGACAACAACAACGUCCACGAGAACUUUGUCAGAUGAGCAUAAAAGAAUUCCGAGCAAGAAUGAUUUGCAGGAAACGACAACAACAACUACAGCAACAACAACAACGAGGGCUGCAGGUGAGUGGCUCUUGAGGACUGAUGGUGUGGUGUUCAGGAAGUGAGAGGACCUCGGCCGUGUUCCGACUCGACGUUCUUCUUCUUCUUCUUCUUCUAUUUUGAUAAUGAAAAAACAGCCGAAAGAAAGAAUACUCUUUUUAUUGUCAUUAACUUUUACCAAGGCGACUGAAUUAGAAAAUUUUGAAUUGAUUUUUAAUUGCGGAAAAUAAAUCAAUUGCUUUCUGGGUUGUUGAGUAGAAAUUUUUUAACUUGAAUAACUAUGAAAGUGAAAAAUAUCUCUUUUUUUUGCAUCGACGUGAAAAUAUAUCUGGAAACGGAAAUCCAAUGGACUUUAAAAUAUUCUAUCUUCGAUACUAUUUAACUAAAGCUCAAUACUUUUAAUUAAAUUUCAACAUUAAUUAAAUGAGAGUGUCGAUUUAUAUUUUCAGUAACCUAAUAGGCUUUAUUUGAUUUCAAUACUUAAAUUUAAAAAUCGAUUUCCAGUUUUAAGAAUUUACGACUUAGAACAAAUCUAUUAACAGGGUUGCCACAAAAAUAAUUAAAGAUGACCCAAUGAUAAAAUCAUUAUUUUCUAUUAUAAGAAUAUUGUUACUGUAACUUCUUCAAAAUU